AUGAAUAAUAUUAAAAUUUUAAGGAAUAUUAAUUCUUCGCCACGAUCGCCACGGUCGCCAUUGCCACCUGUUACUGCUCCCCCAUCAGCAGCCAGCAAAGCUGAAAUAACCAUUUCGACCUUAGUUUUAAAAGACGAAACAAUUUAUCAAGGAUUUUCUUUUGGCUCAGAGAGCAGAUCAGUUGCUGGCGAGUGCGUUUUUCAGACUGGAAUGGUUGGAUAUCCUGAAUCAUUAACUGAUCCAUCUUAUCGUGGACAAAUUUUGAUUUUGACAUUUCCUCUUAUUGGAAACUAUGGAGUGCCUUCCUUUGAGGAAAUGGACCAGCUCCUCAAAGAUGUUCCAAAAUAUUUUGAAUCAUGUGAAAUACAUGUAGCAGCUUUGAUUGUUGGUCAAUAUUCUGAAAAAUAUUCCCAUUAUUUGGCAAAUUCUUCAUUAUCUGAAUGGCUGAAAGACCAAGAUAUUCCUGCAAUUUAUGGAAUCGAUACUCGAGCUCUCACCAAAAAAAUCAGAACUCAAGGUGUAAUGCUGGGAAAGAUUUUAUUUCCAAAAAAUGUAGUUGGUAAUGCUGCAUUGGGAAUAUCAGUUGAUGGCAUUCAAUCUAACGGAUGUUUGUCUGUUGAUCAAACAUUAUCUACUGAACCAUGGAUGACUGAUUAUCAAGAUAUUCACUGGACUGAUCCGAAUGAAAGGAAUCUUGUAGCAGAAGUUUCUGUUAGAGAACCAAAAACAUAUUUACCCGAUCCAUCAAAGGCUAUCAAAGGUGCUAAUUCCAAAACUUUACGUAUCAUUGCUAUAGAUCUUGGAAUGAAAAUGCAGUUCAAGAAUGCAAUUUACAUUACAGGAGCAGAUAGUCGAAUUGGUUCUUUUAUAAUAGAUAGUCUUGUAGAAAUGCAAAAUCUUCACCUACAUUUACAAAAAAUACCAGUAUAUGCUGGGGUAAGUCAUCAAACAAUUCAAUCUUCUACUAUAUUAGAGAAGGAAGGUACUAUUGCAGUAGAGAUUGAUCCAAUAAAUAAACCAGAAACCGUAAUACAUGCUUUAAAUAAUGUGUCCAAGUUAUUAUUGUUGGUUGAUCCACUUGGUGGUGAAAUCACUCGUAAUGAUGCAUUUACAUUUGCAAAAGGCUAUAUAAAUGCUGCAAAAGAAGCAAAUGUUGAACAUAUUGUAUUUCCAACACCAAGUCAAUUUGAAUCUAUUGAAUCUUUGCUCAAGGAAACUUUUCAACCAUCACAAAUCACAAUAUUAAGAUAUCCUGGUGUAUUGCAUCAACAUUUAUUAUACUUUGCCAAAUAUAUUAUUGAACAAUCAACAAUCCCACUGAUAGACAAUCCACAAAUGACUUUUGAAUGUUGUGAUAUCAAUGAUGUUGCUAGAUCAUGCUGUCACAUACUUUACUGUCCUCCACAAAGGCAUGGAGGGAAGGAAUACAAAAUAACUGGCCCAAACUUACUUACUAUUGAUGAAAUUGGAUCAAAAGCAUCAUUAGGUCUCGGUUGCGAUAUUAAGAUAAAAUUGAUGCCUGUCAAUCAAUUAAGGCAAGUAUUAAUGGACUUGACUGCUGAUGACAAACUAGCUGCUUAUUUGUUGGAAUUAUGGGGUUUGCAAGGUUAUUUGGGAAUUUCUCGUAAAUUACAAGUAACAAGAGAUCUCGAACUUAUAACAGGUGGUAGUGGUUCAAACCUAAGAGAAUUCUUUGAAAACAAUAAAAUUGCAUUCAACCAACAAGAAUAG